UUGUUGGUGUUGUUGCGAAACGAGACGCAUUCAUAAGUAUUUUGCUAUUCGAUUUCUGCAGCAUAAGCAACAUCGGUCCUAUGUUUGUCAAGCGAACGUGUCAAAGUUUUUCCAGCCGCAAAUCGAUUUUUGCCGUAACAGCUGUUCUAAAUCGACCUAGCGGCAAUUCUUGCAGGAGCACUUUGUUUGGAUAUCGAUUUGUAUCAUCUGCCCCAAAACCCAAAAUGACGUUGUCGGUUCAACCAAAAGUGGAUGAAAUAAAGCCAAUAAUGCGCAUAAACAAUAUUGAAAAAUCUCAGCAGGACACUCGCGACUAUCGUGGACUACAAUUGGAAAAUGGUCUCAAGGUAUUACUUGUUUCUGAUCCAACAACUGAUGUGUCUGCUGCUGCACUUUCUGUGCAGGUUGGUCACAUGUCAGACCCGGAAAACCUUCCUGGCUUGGCGCACUUUUGUGAGCACAUGCUCUUUCUGGGAACCGAGAAAUAUCCACACGAGAAUGGCUACACCACAUACCUAUCGCAGAGCGGCGGCAGCAGCAAUGCUGCUACGUAUCCUCUGAUGACCAAGUAUCAUUUCCAUGUUGCCCCAGACAAAUUGGAUGGUGCUCUGGACCGUUUUGCGCAGUUCUUUAUUGCCCCGCUAUUUACAUCCAGCGCCACUGAGCGGGAAAUCAAUGCGGUUAAUUCGGAGCAUGAAAAGAACUUAUCGAGCGAUUUGUGGCGCAUUAAGCAAGUGCAGCGUCACCUGGCCAAGUCGGACCAUGCAUUCAGCAAAUUUGGCAGCGGGAACAAGGCCACGCUCUCCGAGAUACCCAAGUCGAAGGGUAUCGACGUGCGCGAGGAGCUGCUGAAGUUUCACAAAGAUUGGUACUCAGCUAACAUCAUGUGCCUUGCGGUUAUAGGAAAAGAAUCAUUGGACAAACUGGAGGAUAUGGUGAUUGAAAAGUUCUCGGAAAUAGAAAAUAAGGACGUACAGGUGCCAGAAUGGCCACGACAUCCCUACGCAGAUGAACAGUAUGGUCAGAAGGUUAAGAUAGUGCCCAUUAAGGAUGUACGCUCCCUAACAAUCAGCUUUACGACGGAUGAUAUGACACAGUACUACAAAUCAGGACCUGACAAUUAUUUAACCCAUCUCAUCGGACAUGAAGGCAAGGGCAGUAUUUUGUCAGAAUUGCGAAGACUUGGAUGGUGUAAUGAUCUCGUUGCCGGACACCAGAACACACAGAACGGUUUUGGUUUCUUUGAUAUUGUCGUGGAUCUGACGCAGGAAGGCUUGGAACAUGUAGAUGAUAUUGUGAAUAUAAUAUUCCAGUAUUUACGAAUGCUGCGUCAGGAGGGACCUAAGAAAUGGAUCUUUGAUGAAUGUGUCAAGCUCAACGAAAUGCGUUUCCGUUUUAAGGAAAAGGAACAGCCAGAGAACUUGGUCACCCAUACAGUGUCGUCCAUGCAGAUAUUUCCACUGGAAGAAGUGCUCAUUGCACCAUACCUGAGUAAUGAAUGGCGUCCCGAAUUGAUCUGCAAACUAUUAGAUGAACUGGUGCCCUCAAAAAGUCGAAUCUCUCUAGUUAGUCAGAGCUAUGAUCAGUCCGUCAAUCAAGUAGAACCGUAUUAUAAAACUAAAUAUGGUUUGGAGCGUAUACCCACGAACACAUUGCAGAGUUGGGAAAGCUGCGAUUCAAAUGAGAACCUGAAAUUGUCACUGCCAAACAGUUUUAUACCGAACAACUUUGACAUCGCAGAGGUUCCCAGUGAUGCACCCAAACAUCCCGUAAUUAUUAUGGAUACGCCCAUUCUACGGGUGUGGCACAAGCAAGACAAUCAAUUUAACAAACCAAAAGCUUGCAUGACCUUCGACAUGUCAAAUCCAAUAGCCUAUUUGGAUCCCCUAAACUGCAAUUUAAACCACAUGAUGAUCAUGCUCCUUAAGGAUCAGCUCAACGAAUAUUUGUAUGAUGCGGAGCUGGCUAGUCUGAAGCUCAGCGUUAUCACCAAACCAUGUGGCAUCGAUUUUACUAUACGUGGCUUUAAUGACAAGCAAGUGGUUCUUCUCGAGAAGUUGUUGGAUCACUUGUUUGACUUCAGCAUAGACGAGAAGCGAUUUGACAUACUGAAGGAGGAAUACAUACGAUCAUUAAAGAACUUUAACGCUGAACAGCCCUAUCAACAUUCCAUCUAUUAUCUGGCCCUGCUGCUCACUGAGAAUGCCUGGGCCAACGUUGAGCUGUUGGAUGCUAUGGAACUUGUUUCCUAUGAUCGCGUGCUUAACUUUGCCAAGGAGUUUUUCCAGCGACUGCAUACAGAGUGCUUCAUCUUCGGCAAUGUAACCAAGCAACAGGCGGCUGACAUCGCAGGAAGAGUCAAUAAGCGACUCGAGGAAACAAAUGCCACCAAAUUGCCAAUUUUGGCACGACAAAUGCUUAAAAAGCGCGAGUACAAACUGUUACCUGGCGAUAGCUAUCUGUUUGAGAAGGAGAACGAGUAUCAUAUGAGCUCCUGCACCCAGCUCUAUAUGCAAUGUGGCGCACAAACAGAUCACACGAAUAUUAUGGUCAAUUUGGUGUCCCAGGUGCUGUCAGAGCCUUGCUAUGAUUGCCUGCGCACAAAGGAGCAACUGGGCUACAUUGUCUUCAGUGGAGUUCGUAAAGUGAAUGGAUCCAAUGGCAUUCGCAUCAUUGUGCAGUCGGCAAAGCAUCCCUCAUUUGUCGAAGAUCGCAUCGAGAAUUUCCUGCAGACUUAUUUGCAAGUAAUUGAGGACAUGCCGCUGGAUGAGUUCGAGCGCCACAAAGAGGCUUUAAUUGUUAAGAAAUUGGAGAAACCCAAGAAUAUAUUCCAGCAAUUUAGUCAGUUCUAUGGUGAAAUUGCCAUGCAAACUUAUCACUUUGAGCGCGAAGAGGCUGAAGUCGCAAUACUCCGCAAAAUAUCGAAAUCCGAUUUUGUUGAUUACUUCAAGAAAUUCAUAGCAAAGGAUGGCGAUGAACGCAGAGUUUUAUCCGUGCAUAUUGUAUCGACACUUAAGGAUUCAAAUGCCACAGCCACAACCACUGAGGACGAUGUCAGCGAGGUGACGAACAUGGAGCGACAUAAGAAAAUCAGUGAUAUAGUUGCAUUCAAAUCCUGCAAAGAAUUGUAUCCCAUCGCAAUGCCCUUCCUGGACAUCAAGGCCAAGGGAGCCCGCAGCAAGCUAUAAUCGGCUGUAUUUUCGCUGUACUUUUAGCUGUCCCUUUUUGGGUUGAAGAAUGCCUGUUACGUGGUUUUGGUUGCUUUCUUUAAUUUUAUUAAUAACAAUUGAUUAUUGAACCCUUCACAAAUAUAAUAUAACUUGUAUUAGAAGCGAGUUGUGCCUCACAUAA